AUGCACCUCUCCUCUUGUCCCGCAGGACCCUUCCCUUAUCUGCCUGUUCCAGUGAUUUCACCCCAUCCCUGCCACCGUAUCCAUGCCACUCAAGGCGUUAUGUUCUACACUUUGCCGCAAGCCUUUGAUAGCACGUGCACACCAGCCUCAUUGAGCAAGCCCAUAAAGUCUGGAUUGUCAAUUGACAUGACAACCCAAUUUGAUGCUGCAGCUUUCUUUAUCGCUGUGCCGCAUGUGCACCGAGUAGAUCUCGUCGUCAAGCCUUUACUUCAUGGAUCACGUCUAGGAGCAAACUUAUCGUCUAACACCAAACUAUCAAUGGCCAUCACCGUUUCUCUCGCUCUCCUAUCCCUAAUGCCAAAUCUAUGA